AUGAAAAUGAUUGCGUCAGCUGUUGGCAAAUUGAUCCGCAUCAACUUAGCCACCAAGUCUGCAGAGAGGAGAAAGUAUGCAAAAGCAUGUGUGCAAAUUAACUUAGGACUUCCAGUCAUAAAGAAAAUUCAAGUUGAUGGUCAUAUGUAUGACAUCGAAUAUGAGCACUUGAAUUUAAUUUGUGAAAAAUAUAGCUGCUUUCGGCACGUAACAAGAGAAUGUGCGAAAGAGAACAACAAUGGCUUUGGGAAGGAAAGCACGGUGAAGGAGAAAAAUUUGCCGUCACUAUUUUCGGUGGACAAAAACGAGAAAAUGGCAGAAGGUAGUCAAACUCCAGUAAAAAAUCAAAAUUCAACUUUUGAAUUUGGAAUUACUUCCAAAUCAAUUCCAAUUAUGGAGAAGUAUGGAGCAGCGGAUCUUGUGCAUGAUAAUUUGCAAGAAUCACGCAUGGAUAGGGAUACUCAUACAAAAGACGGUGAAUGGGUUACAGUUAGUAGAAAAGGCAAGGAAAAAAUGGGUAAAGGCCCAAAAGUGGUGCCAAAAAAAGCCAAUGUAGCAAUAUGCUCCAAUUUGGUGAGUAAGAAAUUUUCUUUUGGGCCUAAUAACAUGCAUGCUGGAUCCUCAUCAAAUGCAAAGGUGAAGUCCUUAUCAAAUGCAAAGGUGGAGCCUAAGGAAAAUAAGGAUCCUCCAUCCACGCUUAACUCUUUGGGAACAACUCAGGUGGCUUUCAAGGAUCAGAGUACUCCCUUUUUCAAAGCAGGGCACAAAAAGAAGCGUCCUAUUUCACUUCAAAAAUCACCUACUAAAGUAUUGUCAAUGGAUUCUCGAGCACAAAAAGAGCUUGAUAAAGCUAGUGCAAUAACAAACUUAGAGAACCAACCUCAACAGAAGAAUGAUGGUUCUGCGGCGCAAGUUCAAGAGAAGACACUUGGAGAUAGGGGUCCAUCAAUGUGA